AGCUGGAGAGUAAUCGACGUGGCGUCAUUACGUCAUCACGCAGCGGUAGCUGUGCGUACGCUUAGUCAAACAGGCACGUUUGUUUUCAUGGUAGGUAGUGGAUGAUAGAACGCUACAAAAGUUUUUGAAAGUAUAACAAUCCACCGCAGAGACAGGUUUACACUGUGCAUUGACGAACUCUCAGGCAUUUACGAGAUGUCUUCUCCCGCGCCCAUUAUCAGAUCGAGACAGACAGAGAAAGAAGUCAAUGGAAUUUCAACACAGGUCGCCUGUACAGAGUUCAGUAAUUACAUAUUUGUAGUACUCACACAGUACGGCAAAAUUGGGACAUUGAUAUCUGUCACACCUGACUCCAGAUCUAAUGAUAUCACCACCCCGACGUUGUCCACCAAAGUACUGCUGGGCAAAGACGAGCCACUGACACAUGUCUGUGCCAAAAACCUGGCAACAUUUGUUUCACAAGAAGCCGGCAACAGGCCUGUCUUACUGGGACUGGCACUAAAAGACUCUUCCAUAGAUUCAAUAAAACAAAUGAAAGAGAUCAUCAGAAGUUGUCAAGUCUGGUAAAAAGUGAGCAAAAUGGACAUGAAGUGUUCUGGAUGCCCCUAAUAUUAUUAUUAUUAAUUUUUUUUUGCUUCUUUUUAAUCUGAAAAGAUUUCUCCUGUUUUCUAUAAUUGUAAUUUUAAACAAAACUCUGUUGCUUUUGCUCCAAGACAGAAAUGUAAAAAUCCAAUUUCAUUUACACUGAUUGUUUUGAUUUGGUGAGACAGUAAGAAAUGCCUUCUGGGAAACAUAAUUAAGGGUUUAUCUGACUGCAAAGAAGGAUUUUCAGCCUUCAACUGUGCUCUGAAAAGCUGAACUAAAUUAUUGUUUGCAAAGCUGUGGCAAAUUGUUCUGCUACUUUUACUGUAAGACAGUUUUUCUUUAUACUUUAUACUGUUACUUGAAUGUUAUAUUCUAAAAUGUUUCAUGGUGAUUGUUUAAUAAAAUAGGCCCAUUAAAAAAA